CAGUAUAGUUGGAAGCUCUAUACAACGUUGAGAAUGAAGCGCGCCUCUGACUUUGCGCAAGACACAAGCAGCUUCCGAACCCGCCCUUGUCCCGCCUGCAAUAAGACUUUCUCAAAGGCUGAGCAUCUCACUCGACAUCUCCGCAGUCACACCAAGGAAAGACCGUAUGCUUGUACUACCUGCGACAAGGUGUACUCACGAAGUGACGUGUUGCGACGACACGAGAAGAGCCACGAGAAAACCCAUCAGAAUGCUCCAUCACAGCCCCGAUCGAUGUCAAGAACGCCGUUUCAGACAACGCCAGAAGUCCCGGAGAUACUUGCCACGUCGUCCCAUGGGGAUUUACGGGCACAGAAAGACCUAGAUGAUGCAUCACUGCUCAUUCCGACCGUACCAGACCCGAUAACGAGCAGCAGCGAGCCAUCCGAGUCCCGACCAGCGGCAGGUAUGAGUCUGCACGAUUCCAUGCUGCAGGUAGAUCCCAAUACAUGGUUUUUGGGGGCAGACUUUGAUGUGAAUGUUCUGGAUUUUUCAAUCUCAUCUGCGAUAUCGGAAUGGGCACAGCUGCCUCCCACACCAAAUAUGGUGGGCCCUGCUGGCUUAGCAGAAGAGUCACGGCGCGUACUGGAUGAAGAUGAAUCACACCCAGCAGACAUCGUGAGGAGGAGGUGGUUUACAUGCUUAUCUCCCCCUGAUCUAAAUCGUUUUACAUAUCGCGACAAUGGUAGACUUAAUGACUCGCCUCACCAGGGAAGGAUCGAUGCCGACGAUAAUUAUAGGGCUGGUCUCUCCCAGAGGUUAAAGCCUCGUAUUCACGACGAAGCACUUCCGUCUGUCGAACAGCUGAAUCUUUUUGCGAAGCUCUUCUUUAGCCGGUUUCAUUCUCUAUUUCCUGUCAUACAUGCCCCAACCUUUCGUCCGACCGCAGAAAACUCGUUAUUGUUCUUGUCUAUUUGUUCGAUAGGCAGCCUCUUUGUUGGAUCAUCGUAUGCUGUGGCACAAGGGCUCCGAAUAUUUGAGAGGCUGAACAAAGCAAUCCUAGCCUCUUGGGAGUCCAUACUGGCCCAUAGUCGACCAGAUGCCUUGUCGAUGGUUCAAGCGGCUAUUUUGGGUCAGACAUAUGGAAUACUUUCAGGAAGGCCCAAGGAUCUGGUUUUGGCUGAUGUUCUUCAUGGCACCGUCAUGGGAUGGACGCGAGAAUCGAAUAAGCAUGGUACCCCUGGAUUCAGUCAGGCUAUCGAUAUACAUCUCGACAACCAAGAAGUAAAUGAACAGUGGCGCCGAUGGGCAGAAGUGGAACAAAGAAGGCGAGUGGAGAUCGCCUUGAACAUCCAUGAUGCUGAGCUCGCUAGUCUGAUGCACCAUGAACCAAUUCGCAAGCAUCGAUUCGCCCAAUAUCCACUGCUCGCCUCUGAAGCUCUGUUCAUGGCUCCGACAGCCGCCAGAUGGGCUGAUCUAUACAAGCAGACGUCAUAUACCACGCCUAGAAUCAGUCCUGACCUCCACUUCUAUAACGCUGGGCAUUAUUCAAGAUUUGCCGUGUAUAGCGUCCUGGAAAGUAUCAAUGCACACGUUAUUGAAGCUCGUCUAUCGAACAGCUUGAGCCAAUACAGGUCAGAUGAGCUAUCUCGUUUGUUAGUGCAUUGGUGGCGCAGGUAUAGCCCGCACUCUAGUCAGUACGAAGAAGAGGAUCCCUUCAGCCUUCCGGUGCUGUGGCACUCGAUAUAUAUGUCUCUUUACACCGAUAUGGACCUACUGGAGCGAGCAAUUGGUCGUAAUGGUCAUGCAGCUGCCCUGAAGUCUCAUGACGCUGUCUACGUGUGGGCAGGCUCCCUGGAUGCCAGCAAAUGCUUGGUACAUGCGCUACUAAUCCAACGUUACCUCGAGAGGAUGCGAAUUUCUUCCGAGCCUGCAAUACACGUUCCUGGGGCUCUCUUCUCUGCCGCUCUUGCAUGGCUCUGCUUUACGAGAAUUGGGCUACGGCAAUCCAUUGAUCUGAAAGCCUUCGAAGCCCCAGAAAUUCAGCUCUUGGGCAGCGAGACCGCUCUGCAGGAGGCCCAAGGACAGGCCUUUGGAGACUCCGCCUUUGCCGAUGUGAACCACCUACACCGCCUAAUUGACCUGCUUCACCGAUUUGGGCGGUGGACAAUCUCGAAAACCUUCGCAACAGUUCUGUGCACGGCUCUCGAGGAAGUUCGAGAAGAAUGACAGGUGUCAAAUACAUUGUUGAAAGAUAUGCAUGCUAUUGUGAAGAACAGGAAAUUAGACGUGGCGACUGAAGGAUCCUCUUCCACCCCGUUGGGGCGGUAUCCCCGCAAAAAUGUGGGAUAUUGCGGGGUGGCGGGGUGACUCAAUAGAUUGACCGCACAGAACGGAAUCCCUUACACAAGCAUUAUGAGAGCACUUUUUGGGCUGGCCCGCAUAUGCAUGUUAUCUAAUUGGCGCGCUAUACGCCCCAAUCUUUUACGAUACCCCG